AUUCCGACCUGUCUCUCCCUAUGGUGCGCACUUCUCUAUUGGGCAGGGGUGUGGAGCUCUGAUGCAUUGAAAAAUAACUCCUUGCGGAAUUGGGUUUGUACCAAAAAGGAGUGCCGUCACGUCAGUAUCUGCCGAAUUCAGCAACGCAUUUGUUCCCUAUUUUUGCCUCUGUCCCUUCACAAGAUGUUUCUGGCCAAAAGACUCAUUGGUGGCAUCCUGGAUGUUGUGAGCAACAUCGACCCUGGUCAAUUUGUGCCAUCAGAUCCUCCCCCACCACGCAGACCUCUGGCCUACGCGGAGCAGAAUGAGAACGACGAGGAGAGACAGUUCCGCAAGGUGUUCCAGCAACUUGCUGGGGAUGACAUGGAGGUGAGCCCCACAGAAUUGAUGAACAUCCUCAACAGGAUCAUUGGCAAACGUAGUGACCUGAAGACUGAUGGCUUUAGCAUCGAGUCAUGCAGGAGCAUGGUGGCUGUCAUGGACAGCGACAGCACAGGAAAGCUAGGUUUCCAUGAGUUCAAGUUUUUAUGGAACAACAUCAAGAAAUGGCAGUGCAUCUACAUAUCAAAUGACGCGGACCGCUCCGGGCACAUCUCCUCACAAGAGCUUCCUGCUACCUUCAAAGCUGCAGGCUUCCCUCUCAACGAUCAGCUCUUCCAGUUGAUGGUUCGCAGGUACAGUGAUGAACAGGGCAACAUGGACUUUGACAACUUCAUUGGGUGCCUGGUCAGACUGGACGCUAUGUGUCGAGCUUUCAAGACUCUGGACAAAGAUGAUAAUGGAACUAUCAAAGUCAACAUCCAGGAGUGGCUUCAGUUGACCAUGUACUCAUAAAACAUCAGGGAAAGCCUACAAAAAGCCUUCAUUAAUCGCUCUCUCCAUUUUAAGAUUUUUAUUUUAUAUUACCAUUGUUAUUAUUGUUUGACAGAUGUUCAUACAUCAUUGUCAUGAAUGUUCAUUCAAUUUAUCACUAGAUAGCAGAAACACCAGGAAAGCACACAUUUACUUUACUACCUUUCUACAGUCCAAAUAUUUGAACGUUUUGUGUUUUCCUUUUUUCUGGCAACACACCUUUGUUCAAACAUUCCACACUGCUAUGUAAUGUAAUAUAUACAUUCUAGUGCUCAAUAAAGGGGGCAAUAUUACCUAA